UCUUUCUUUCCCGGCGGCAGUUCCUCUACGUGGAUCUAGGGUGCCGCCAGCUCCUCUGUUCUGCGCGCCACCGCCUCCCCUGCUCUGGGGGGUCUGGGCGCCGCCACCUCCCCUGCUCUGGGAGCCGGCGUCGCUCGGCCUACGCCGCCGCGGGCCUGGGACGCACAGCCGCCGGUGGAGGACCCUGGGAUGCGCAGCCGCGCGGAUCCCGCGGGCUGGGACGCGCCGCCGCCGGAUCCGCGGCCUGGUACGCGCCGCCGAGCGGAUCCCAUGGCCGCCCUCGCCGGAUCCUCCGCGCGCGACGCCGCCGCCAUCAAGUCGCUACCUUCGGCGCAGUACCUCGCGGCCGCCGCACGCGGGUCGGGGGCGUACAGGGAGUGCGCCGUGUGCCUGCUCGAGCUCGCGGACGGCGAUGAGCUCCGCGUGCUGCCGCUGUGCGCGCACGCCUUCCACGCCGACUGCAUCGACGUCUGGCUCCGCGCGCACGCCUCCUGCCCGCUCUGCCGCGCCCGUGCACUCGCCUGCGCCCCUACCUCCUCUACUAUGGGGGGUGCGGCCGCGGGUGCGGCCGGCGCCUGGCCCCCGCGGCCGUUCCCUGCCUCCUCUGGCGCUGGUGGCGCGUGGCUGCCGCCGCGCGACCCCUCUAGGGCCGGUGUGCCGCAGCCGCCGCCCGGCCCCGCCGCCGCCGCCGCCCUGGCGCCUCUCACGGCCCCCGGCGCCGCCCCUGCUACCGCGCAUGAGCGCGCGCAGGAGAUGCUGCGGGACCUCGAGGCCAAGCUCGUCCAGGCCGCGCGGGCACACGCCGCGUAGGCCGUCACGCCCACCGCGCACGCCGCACAGGCCGCGUGGGCCGCCGCCUCCCUCGCCGCUCUCUCCUACACGCCUAAACCUAUAAGACUUUUAAAUUAACAUUACAGAAACACUAAUCCACCACAAUAAUUA